CUCUCAUGGCUAGUGUUACUACAGACAGUUACAGCAAAUCUACAAUGGAUGGUGUCAUAUCGGAUUCAACGAAACUGCUCGUAUCUUACGUUAUGCUUCAAGGUAUCAAAACGGAAGCUUUUAAAAUAUUAAUAGAACAAAUGGAUCGCGAUGGAGAUAAUGUUUUAUUACGUCAUGGAUCUAUUCGUAAAACUUAUUCUGAUGGUGCCGAUUUACUACGCCCUAAAAACGCUGAUCAGAUAAACGUGCAAAAUGCAGAUCCCGUAGUGGCAAGGAAGAUACAACUUAAACUCCGAAACUUAAUGAGCUCAUGCACGCCUGAUAAAUAUCUUCAAUUGAUGGAUGAUGUGAUUGAAGACGCUACCUCGUAUUUGGCAGUACAUUUUUUGCAACCACGUAAUAUUUAGGUUUUAAUUGAUUAUUUAUAGCAUCUUGAGUAU